AUGAAAUUUGAAUUAUUAAAAAUUCAUAACCAACAACCAUCUCAAACUAUUAUAUUAUAUCCAAAUGAAAACUCAUACUUAAUAAAACCUAUACAAACUAUUAAACAUAUAGAAAUAUAUAUGAGAGAAAAAAAAAAAAAGACGAUGUCUAUUUAUUUGGAUACUAAUGGUAGUAGUAGUAGUAGUAGUAAAGAGGAUGAUGAUGAUGAUGAUUAUCAUCAUCAUGUUUUAAAAAUAAAGAAAAGAAUUAUAAAACAUAUAAUAAUAUAUAUGAGAAAAAAAGACAUAUGUGUCCAUAAAAAAAAGAAAGAUGGAAUGAUAGAAAAAGAAAUCAAAAAGAAAAAUAUGUUAUCAUAUUUAUCAGAUGAUAAAAAUGAUGAAGAAGAUGAACUUACAAAAUAUUUAAUGAAUUAUAUGGAAAUAAAUGAUACCAAAAAAAUGACAAAUACAAAUAAUAGAAUGAUACAUUUUUUUAUAAAUAUAAGAAAUAAAUAUUUAGAAAAUAAAAAAAAAUAUGGAAUAUAUAAAAGAGUAGUACGUAUGAUAAUAAUUCUUAUUAUUUCAUUAGUUCCGAUUAUUUUUAAUGGAUGUAUGUGUGUUUCCUUAGGAGUUACAAUAUUAUAUUAUGCACUAUUAAUAAUAUUUUAUAUAUUAUUUGAUAGAUAUUUGAAAAAAUAUAUUUUAAAUGUAAUCAACACAAGAGUUCAAAUGAACUCCGAACGGUCCUUAUAA